AUGGUAGCCAAGACCACCAAAGAUCAGACACACUGCGACGACCUCAAGGAAAUAUUCGAACAGAUUCGAUCAUACAAUAUGAGACUCAACCCAGAAAAAUGCGCCUUUGGAGUCCAAGGAGGCAAAUUCCUUGGAUUUAUGCUAACCUCUCGAGGAAUUGAAGCAAACCCUGAGAAAUGUAAAGCAAUACUCAACAUGGCAAGCCCCAAAACGAUAAAAGAAGUACAGCAAUUAGCAGGAAGGGUAGCCGCACUCUCUCGAUUCUUGCCAGCAGUAUCAAGUCGAUCACAUCUAUUCUUCCAGACGAUCUUAAAGAACAAAAAAUUCCAGUGGACCCCAGAGUGCGAGAAGGCGUUCGCCGAGCUUAAAAUCAUCCUAUCAUCACCACCCAUACUGCAAAGACCUGAAGUUGGUAAACCUCUGUAUUUAUAUUUGUCUAUUUCUAAUCACUCUAUAAGCUUGGCUCUUGUCAUUGAGACAGGAAGGACACAGCAGCCAGUAUACUUCAUCAGCAGAGUCAUGCAACCAACAGAACAAAGGUACCCGAGGAUAGAGCAACUAGCCCUGGGCCUCGUGGUCACGGCAAGAAGACUAAGACACUAUUUCCAAAGUCACACAAUAAUAGUAAGGACAAAUCACCUAUUAAGGCAAAUAUUGACAAAACCAGAAUUGGCAGGACGCCUGACCAAAUGGUCAAUUGAGCUCUCAGAGUUCGACAUUCAGUUUCAGCCCAGGUCGGUCCUGAAAGCACAAGUUCUCGCCGAUUUCAUCACGGAACUAACCCCUGACGAGCGCAAUAAAACAUGGGAGUUGCAUGUGAACGGAGCGUCAAGCCGAGAAGGAAGUGGUGCCGGCAUAAUCCUGAAAGAGGGAAACGAGGUGAUAGCCGAACAAGCCCUCCAGUUCCACUUCUCGGCAAGCAACAAUCAGGCCGAGUAUGAAGCCCUCAUAGCAGGACUCAAGCUCACCCUAAGCCACCAAGUGCAGAGCCUAACAGCACAUUGCGACUCCCUCCUGGUGGUCCAACAAAUCCGAGGAGAAUUCCAGGUAAAAGAUCCUUUGCUAGAACAAUACUGGCUCAUAGCAAAGGAUCUAAUUUCAAAUUUUAGUUCUUUUACUAUAUUACAUGUGCACAGAGAACAAAAUGUCAGGGCAGACAUACUAUCCAAGCUCGCCGCCACCAGGGCGAAUACACAAACAUCAGCAUUAUCUCAACGUACACUUACAAAACCCAGCAUUGAACUAUUAUACAUAGAAAACAUUAACCACCUCCAUGAUUGGAGAAAACCUUUUCUUGAGUACAUAUAUACAGGUACCAUACCCAGUGACGAGAUCAACCCCCAACAGUUCAGGCGUAAAACAAGCUUCUACAAAAAGAUAGCAGGAGAGCUAUACAGACGUGGUUUCUCACAACCACUGCUAAGAUGCUUAAACAAAGAUGAAGCCAGAGAGGUAAUGGACGAAGUUCACGAAGGUGUGUGUGGAAACCACAUAGGAGGACGAGCUCUCGCCGCAAAAUUAGUCCGAAUAGGAUACUACUGGCCGACCAUGAAGAGAGACUGCAUGGAAAAAGUCAAAGUAUGUGACAAAUUCCAAAAACAUGAAGCCAUCUCGACAAAGCCGGCCGAGGUAUUACACAGCAUGGAGGUAAGCUGGCCUUUCCACAGAUGGGGACUUGAUAUCCUCGGCCCAUUUCCAAUAGCCCCAAGACAGGUAAAAUUCUUUUUGGUAUCCAUAGACUACUUUUCAAAAUGGAUAGAAGCACAACCCUUAGCAAAGAUAACAGCCGAAAAUGUACGAUCUUUUAUAUGGAAAAAUAUAAUAUGCCGUUUUGGAAUACCAAAGAAAAUAAUAUCAGACAAUGGUAGACAGUUCACAGACAAUAAGCUCGGUUUGUUUCUAAGAAAUUUUAAUAUACAGCAUCGUUUUAGCUCGGUUGAACACCCACAAACUAAUGGGCAAGCCGAAGCUGCUAACCGAAUUGUGUUGCAGGCAAUAAAAAGGAAGCUCGACAAUGCAAAGGGAGAAUGGGCCGAGCUCAUACCAGAAGUAUUGUGGAGUUACAACACCACGGUACACAACACUACGGGCGAAACACCCUUCAAGUUAGUCUAUGGCUCAGAAGUGCUAAUUCCUGUUGAGGUCGGAGUACCGACGUUAAGAGCCGAGCUAUACAACGAACAACAAAACAUAAGCGCCAGAAAUGCCGAGCUUGACCUAGCCGAAGAAGAUAGGGAAAUCGCCGCCAUCAAACAAAGAGCCCAGAAAAGAGUGGCAGAAAGAAAACACAAUAAGAGAGUAGUACCGAGGACAUUCAUGGAAGGCGACCUAGUGCUCAGACGAACAGAGGAGGCCAGACGACCUCCAGCACAUGGCAAGCUCGCCGCAAAUUGGGAAGGCCCUUUUUGA